CGUGCGGUGGGUAGAGGAGGACGGGAGCAGUGUCAUGGAGGCCAGUGUCUGGCUGGUGGCUGUCCGUCGCCCUGCUCCCUUGCCUCGUUACCUGACAGCGCUCCUCAGUGUUUCCAAAGCCGCGUCCGCCGAUGGGUCGAGCCGCGAUCCUCUAGUGAGCUCCUCAACCUCGCCACGCUCGGAUCCCACCACCACGUCGCCGAUAAGAAGUGGAACCGAAUCCGGGAUCCGGUUGAUCGUCCGCGGAAUCCAUCCCGACGUGUCCUGGCCAAUCGGAAACGGAAGCUGUGCGUGUCGCGAGUACACGGUUUCCGAAGGGAAACGGCGGGUGAACGAAGAAGAACGAUAUAUAUAUAUAUAUAUAUAUAUAGAGAGAGAGAGAGAGAGAGAGAAAGAGAGAGAAGGCAAGAGAGAAGAGGAGCGGAGUGUAAGAGGGAGAUAGAAGAGAGAAAGAGGGAGGAAAGUGACACGUUACGAUACGAUCGAUCCAACGACCAAAGUUAUAACGUGCGUUUAAAACGAACACGGGUCCGAAAACGCGAUCGGGACAAUGUGCUCGUGACAAGAGGGAGCGCUCUUUUCUCUUUCUCUCUCUCGUUCGUCACAGCCGAGCCGUUUUAAGUUUCUCGUGCACGUUCAUCGGUGAAAGAAAGAAAGCUAACUAGAUUCUUUCUCUUUCGACGACGACGACGACGAGGACGACGACUGGCAAGCGAAGGAAGAAUAGGAAGAGGAAGAAGAAGAAGAAGAAGAAGAAGAGGAAAGAGGAGGAGAAGGAAGAGGAGGAGGAACGCGCAACAUCGAGCGAAGAAAGAUACACCCGAGGAGCCCGAGGAGGAAACGGAUAAAACGUGGGCGUUGAGUGAUUGUUGUCGGUGCUAGUUUCCAUUGGGAGUCAUGAGAGAUACCAGCGAUAUGAUGUCGGAGGACUCCUUGUCCGAGGACACGAUGAUGGACUGCGAGGGUGACGCAGGAGGGUUGGACGAGCUGGUCGAGCUCGCGACCGACGUCGCGGAUUCAUCCCCGACGAUUCGAGAUGCCGCGGAGAGGUUACUGACGUUGUUGGGCGUGGACGAGGAGGAGAACCUGGUGUCGUCGUCGUCGUCGUCGUCCUCCUCCUCCUCCUCGGAGGACGAGGGCGUGGAGUUGGACGAGGAGCUCGAGGAAGAGGAACGGGAGGACGGCAGGCUGUUGCACCAGCUGGCCGCCUCUUUGGCCAACGAGUUGAAGCGGGCCCGCGAGAGGCAGACCACCUCGGCCGCCAGAGUCGCGACCACGACCACGGCCGCGAUGGUGGUAGGGACGAGUUGCCUUCGGGAUCAGAGCUUCGAGGGGGGGACGGGUAAUUGUCGCGACGUCGCUGCGUCGAGCAAAUGGGCGAGGAGGCAGGGGGAGUCGCCUCUCCCGUUUGGCAAACGGCGGCGGCGACAGGAGCUGAGUUUCGUUCGAUGGACGGGCCGGGUUGUUCCGUCUUCGUCUUGGAACGCCGGCUGGGAUGCAUGCGCCACGGAAGCCCUCAGAUAUCUGGUCGAGGACGAGGGAUUGCCGCCUCAUCAUCCCACGGUGUUGGCCAUGAAGGACCAUCUGGAGGUGCAGAGGGAACGAGCCUUCCUUCGAUACGCCACGUAAACCAGUCGCUCUAGAGAUUUUUAUCCUCGAGACGAG